AUGAAGGCACCUGCCCGGCGCAAGGGGGAGUACGAGCGCCUCGGUAUUCUCGAGGGGAAGGACUACGGGAAGACGCGCAUCAAGUACCCUGACUUCACUCUCACAGACUCAGGGCUCCAAUACAAGGACUACAAGCUGGGCGAGGGCGAGGUUCCGAGGGACGGCGACAGGCUCACGGUGGACUGGAGCGGCGUCACGCUGGGGUACUACGGGCGCCCGUUCGAGGCGCGCAACAAGCCGCAGGGGUCGUCGUUUGCCGGGGACGACAAGAAGUACUUGAUGUUCACCCUCGGCAAGGACCAGGUGAUCCCGGGCGUCGAGGAGGCGCUCCGUGGCAUGAAGCCUGGCGGGAUUCGGCGGAUCGUGGUCCCGGCGGAGCUCGGGUACCCGAACGGAGACUUCAAGAACUGGAAGCCGACGCCGUCGACGUUCGCGGGGACGCGCGCGCUCGACUUCGUGGUCAAGCCGAACCCAGGCGCCAUGAUCGACAAGACCCUCCUGUUCGACUUGCAGCUCGUGAGGGUGACGCCGGGGGAGGGGCGGUAG